UUUACCUAAGAGUGGAAUAAUGGUUUAGUCUGUGACAGCUGAACAUAUUUAAGGCUGCUGGUUGUCAUUAGAGGAGGAUAUUUUGUGCUGUGAAGAAGCUCGAAGUGAAUUGUUGUAAGGAGAGCUGUAUGGCAAAUAAAUGCUUUGUUCCACUGCACUUGCCUUAGUCCGUCUCACUGUGUUUCCAGCCGCUAAGGGCUGCCCUAUUACAAGUGGUGUCAGAAGUGUGUCACUCAUGCCACAGUGAGAAGAUGAUGACAAGAGGUGGAAGAAAGCCAGGCCAAGAGGAGCAGCCUGAUGAAGGAGUUGGAGCUUCAUCUGAGCUAGAGGCCAUGGCAGCAAUAAGCCCUGAGGACAAAUUGGAGGAGUUGACAGGGUUGGUGAAAUCUCUUAUGCGGUCUCAAGCAGCCAGAGACCAAAAGUGGGAGAAGGAUUUGUCACGUCAGGAGCAAAGGUGGAAAGGCAUGCAGCAUCAAUUUCAGCAAAUCCAGCUACAAGUUAAUGCUGUAAUUGAUAAGCCUGAUCCACCAGAGGCGCCAGCGCCCCCUACAACAUCUGACGAACAAGAACAUGGAUUCAAUGGUGAAGACAUUCCAGUGGCCAGUGGGUCCAGGUCUUUAAUUGAACCAAAACUUUUUCCUCUGUCACCAGAAGAUGACAUUGAACAUUUUCUGACUACAUUUGAAAGAAUGGCAAAUGUGUGUCGAUGGCCUAGAGAUGAGUGGGCUAUUCGUCUGGUUCCCCUGUUGACAGGUAAAGCCCGCACAGCCUACAUUCUUAUGGAUGUAACAGACUCUGAGAACUAUGAUAAAGUGAAAGAAGCAAUUCUGGCAAAAUAUGAGAUUACUGCUGACACCUACAGACGCCGCUUCAGAUCUAUGAAAGUUGAACCAGGUGAGACGCCACGUGAACUUUAUGUAAGAUUGAAAGACCUGUUUUCAAGAUGGAUUAAACCUGAGAAAUCAACUGUUGAAGAAAUAUCGGAGCAGAUAAUUCUGGAGCAGUUUUUAAGAAUGGUUAACCCAGAGCUGGAAAUCUGGAUACGUGAGCAUGAUCCGAAGACGGCAAAGGAAGCAGCUAGCCUCGCAGAGGUUUUCACUUCAGCCAGAAAAGGAAGCAAGAGCACCUACUUCAGCCGGGAGACCCACUACGCCCAACCAAAUUUAGGUGCACUCCAAAGAAGCGACCCUACUCUAAAACCCUGGUUUGAGAAGGUAACAGAGGUAGAGGGGGCUAGUCAAGGUCAGGUGAGCUGUCUUGCAGACACUGUUUACUUGAUUAAAGGAGGCAUCUUGUACCAGAGAAAGGGGAUAUGCGAAGCUGUAGCACUCCCACAACAGUUCAGAAACAAAGUUAUGGAUUUGGGUCAUUCAAUUCCAUGGGCAGGUCAUAUGGCUUUUCACAAAACACUGAAUAGGAUCAGCAGCCGUUUUGUUUGGCCAGGAAUGUAUGUCCAGGUUUCUGAGUUUUGCCGUUCCUGUGAAAAAUGUCAGUUGACCUCAGGCAAAGGAGUAGUACGAGCCCAGUUGCAACCACUGCCAAUUAUUGAAACACCGUUUGAGAGGCUAGGCAUGGAUAUUGUGGGCCCUUUAGAGAGGAGCUCCACAGGUCAUCGCUACAUAUUAGUCAUAUGUGACUAUGCAACACGGUUUCCUGAGGCCUUCCCACUCAGAUCAAUUAAAGCCCGUCACAUUGCUAAUUGUCUGCUUCAGCUUUUCUCUAGGGUAGGCAUACCAAGAGAAAUUCUGACGGAUUGUGGAACGAACUUUCUAUCCAAGUUGUUGCAGCAGGUUUAUAAGCUGUUAGGGAUAAAGGGACUUAAGACCACCCCUUAUCACCCCCAAACGGACGGGCUAGUGGAGAGAUACAACCAGACUCUCAAAAGUAUGCUGCGCAAGUUUGUUUCUGACACAGGUGCUGACUGGGAUCAAUGGCUGCCAUACCUUCUGUUCGCCUACCGGGAGGUCCCGCAGGUUUCCACUGGUUUCUCGCCUUUUGAACUUUUGUACGGCCGCCAAGUGAGAGGCCCCCUGGAUCUGCUUAAGGACUGCUGGGAGGACCCCAAAGCAGAGGGCGAAAACAUCGCAGCCUACGUCAUCACCAUGAGAGAGAGGUUGGAGAAAAUGGCAUCAUUGGUGCAAGACAAUAUGAAAGCUGCACAAAAACAUCAAAAGACAUGGUAUGAUCAGAAGGCCAGGGAUAGGGUCUUCCUUCCAGGUCAGAAAGUACUGUUAUUGCUUCCCACCAGCGAUAACAAGCUGCUGACAAAAUGGCAUGGACCAUAUGAGAUCGUCAGACAAGUGAGUAAAGUCACUUAUGAACUGAAUAUGCCAGAAAGAGUUAAAAAAUAUCAGACAUUUCACGUGAACUUGUUGAAGGAAUUCCACAGCCGACAAGAGCCGGUCCAUCAGUUACUGGUGCGUUCAGUUAAGGAUGAGGAGGUGACUGAGAAGUUCUUUCCAACUAACAUUCAAGUUUGUGCUUCAGUUGACCUUUCUCAUUUGUCUCAUACUGAGCAGGCUGAUAUUAAACCACUCGUGGACCAACAGCUCUUUCGAGAAACACCAGGCUUCACAUCACUGGUUCAGCACAAGAUACGGGUGAAGGAGGAUGCACCCGUUCGACAAAAGAGCUACAGAAUUCCAGAACGGUUGGUGCCAGUGCUGCAGAAAGAAAUAAAACUGAUGUUGGAUCUGGGAAUCAUUGAGGUGUCAAGUAGUGAGUGGUGCAGCCCGAUUGUUUUGGUACCAAAGAAAGAUGACACCCUGAGAUUCUGUAUUGAUUUCAGAUAUUUGAAUGCAGUAUCCAAGUUUGAUCCCUACCCAAUGCCCAGGGUGGAUGACCUGCUAGAGAGAGUUGGAUCAGCAAGGUACAUUACGACACUCGAUCUGUGUAAAGGAUACUGGCAAGUGGCUUUGGCACCAGAAGCGAAAGAGCUGACAGCCUUCAAAACUCCUUUUGGUAUGUACCAAUUUAAAGUCAUGCCAUUUGGGCUUCAAGGUGCACCAGCGACAUUCCAACGAUUAAUGGACCAUGUACUGAGAGAUGUGUCAGCAUUCUCUGCAGCAUAUCUGGAUGACGUGGUGGUGUACAGCCAGUCCUGGGAAGAGCAUGUCAUUCACCUACAGAAGGUGCUACACUCCAUCAGAAUGGCUGGACUGACUAUUAACCCCAAGAAGUGUUCCAUAGCCAAGAGAGAAGUGGAGUACUUGGGCUUUGUGGUUGGCUCUGGGAAGAUAAAGCCGCAGGUUGGAAAGAUUGAAGCAAUUCAGUCCUUCCCAGUUCCGACAACAAAAAGGAAGGUGAGAGGUUUUCUGGGUCUAGUAGGCUGGUACAGGAAAUUCAUACCUUCUUUUGCAGAGCGAUCCACUGCACUGAAUGAUCUCACAAAAGGCUCAGCCCCCAACAAAGUGCGUUGGACAGAAGACUGUGAGCAAGCAUUCAGAGACCUCAAGGAAGCAGUUUGCACACAUCCAGUUCUACACAGCCCAGACUUCAACAAGCCAUUCAUCUUGCAAACUGAUGCUUCGGGAGUUGGCCUUGGGGCUGUCCUUCAGCAAGAGGUGGAUGGUGAAAGAAGGCCUGUGGUGUUUCUGAGUCGGAAACUACUCGACAGGGAGACGAGGUAUUCGACGGUGGAGAAAGAGUGCUUGGCCAUGAAAUGGGCUAUCGAGGCCUUGAGGUAUUAUCUUCUGGGACGUCACUUCACUCUAGAGACGGAUCAUCGUGCCCUCCAGUGGUUGAACCGCAUGAGGGAUGCGAAUGCCCGCAUUGCAGGAUGGUAUCUGUCUCUGCAGCCUUAUGACUUUACGGUCCAGUAUAGGCCAGGGAAGUCAAAUGUGGUUGCUGACUGUUUAUCUAGGAUGACAGAGGACUAAAGCACUUCGCGCUUAGGAGAGGGAGGAGGAAAUGUAAGGAAGAGGACUUCCUUACUAAAUGUAUUUGUAUUAUAUUAUCUGUAUAGCACUUUAGAGCACACCUUUCACUUUAUUAAAAGCACCUUAUCAAGCACUUUAUUUAGCAUUGCACUUUAAGCAUGGAUUUGCACAGUAAAACAUUUGCACACAAGAAGUUUAAAUAUUUAUUGAUUAUUUAUUGGGAAUUUUAAAAUCAGUUGGUAGCCUUGAUUCAGAUCCUGCACAGCUGCUCCUCAUCAAGGAAUGUGGUGGUUGUCUGUUAGGAGAGAAGAAUGGUGAUUGAGAUGAUGAUUAAGGUUUACCAGUAAGGAAAACUAAUGCAAAUGUGUGUGUGAAAUCUAGGAAUAAAAGUGGUGCAAAUAAGUGUUGUUAAGAUAAUGAUUACUCACCUUUCUUGCCUGUGUCCUCUUCAGGGUGUUUGGGCAAAUGUUUCCCCGGGGGUCCAGACACCAUUUAAAGGUUCCGGGAGAGACCAUUGGUAAAGAGAGUGUGGUGAAUCUUUUUGUGCUUGGGUUUCUGGGUUUUUAUAA